UUUUUUUACAGGCAUCUAGAAGGACUACUAACCACGCUGACGUUUAGGUCCAUGUCUGUCCUGUGUCAUUGGUGAAUGACCGAAGAUGUCUCACAGCAGGUUGUUUGCCCGGUUGCUCUUGCAGCAGGCAGGGGUGAGACACUGUUAUACUGGCAACAGGAAGAACCUCUACAUCAACAAGAACACUAAGGUCAUUUGUCAAGGCUUUACAGGAAAACAGGGCACGUUUCACAGUCAGCAGUCUCUGGACUAUGGCUCUCAGCUAGUAGGAGGGGUCUCCCCAGGCAAAGGGGGCAAAACUCACCUGGGGCUGCCAGUCUUCAACUCUGUCAAAGAGGCUAAGGAUGGCACUGGAGCCGACGCCUCUGUGAUCUACGUGCCACCUCCUUUCGCGGCGGCUGCCAUCAUCGAGGCGAUAGAUGCGGAGGUGCCGCUGGUGGUCUGCAUCACAGAGGGAAUCCCUCAGCAAGACAUGGUGCGUGUAAAGCACAAGCUGCUCCGCCAGAACAAGACCCGCCUCGUCGGCCCCAACUGUCCUGGUGUUAUCAAUCCUGGCGAAUGCAAAAUUGGUAUCAUGCCUGGACACAUCCACAAGAAAGGAAGAAUUGGUAUUGUAUCUAGAUCGGGCACCCUUACAUAUGAAGCAGUCCAUCAAACCACACAAGUGGGCCUUGGACAGUCGUUGUGUGUUGGCAUCGGCGGAGACCCGUUUAAUGGCACUAACUUCAUUGACUGUCUAGAGGUGUUCCUGCAGGACCCCAAAACCGAGGGCAUCAUUCUGAUCGGAGAGAUCGGAGGAAAUGCAGAGGAGAAUGCAGCAGAGUACCUAAAACAGCACAACUCCGGUGCCAGUGCUAAGCCAGUGGUGUCAUUCAUCGCUGGCCUGACGGCUCCUCCUGGAAGGAGAAUGGGGCACGCUGGAGCCAUCAUCGCCGGAGGCAAAGGGGGUGCCAAAGAGAAGAUCGCCGCCCUGCAGUCGGCGGGAGUCGUUGUCAGCAUGUCUCCAGCUCAGCUGGGCAGUACCAUUUUCAAGGAGUUUGAAAAGAGGAAGAUGUUGUAACUUGUGGGAGCGUAACAAACAAACUGCCCUCCCCGCCCAAGGACCUUCUUCCCAGCCGGAGUCCAUCAACUUCCACGGGACUCCACAAUGCGCACACUUUUGUGUUAUGAGUUGAUUAUGUCGCAUAUUUGCAUCGAAAAUCAAACCAUUUCAAAGUUUAUCACAGCCUUCAUGUUAAAGGGUGUACGGCGCAGAAACAUGUCCACUGUAAUCCCGCCACACUUGGUGCAAUGUGUUGCUUUUUGUGAUUAACUUUACGCUGUUUUAAUGUCCCUGAAACUGAAAAUAUAUCUCAUAUUCUGUGAUA